CAAAACGGAAGCCCGUCCGCCGCGACCCAGAGAAGAGGAGGCAACAGAACAUUCAAGCCCAGAAAAAGUACAGUAAGUGCAUGUCACUGCUGGCUUUGCUGUCUGGUGUCUCAUUAUACACAAGUGCUUGAUCUUGUCAGUACUAAUUCUCGGUUUUUCUUUUAGGAGAGAAGCUUCGCAAACGCCUAGAGAACCUCGAGGCACUUGCAGCAUCGGCUGCGCAGAACCAUGCGGUUGAAAGAACAGCAGCUGUGGAGAAUGACCCCUCGGAAGCGGCCGUAGCGCAAGGGCCUUCGACUUUUCUGCCCCACAUCGCUACAAAUGGCAUACCGGCCUCUGAAGUCUCGGGGAUAUCAGUCCCCUUUCCAUCUGCGGGCAUUCCUGGAGAUCCAUGCACAUCACUGGACGAGUUUUCAGCAGCCCUUCCACUGUGGGAACCUUCAACAUGUGCCACUAACCUCGAUUGUACCUCAUCAUCCCUCGCGAUGUUCGACUCCACAGUUUAUGCACCCCCGCCGGAUGAUCUGUCGGUACCUAGUAUUUGGGAUGCUUCUGUAGAGGCUUCGCUUUCCGACAAUAUCUCUUCUGUUUCAAGCUUAAGAGAUUUCACCACCAGUGACCCGCAGUCAGAUCAGCCGUUAUCAGCAUCGAGCAUAGUGCGCUCUCAAUCUCAAUCCAAGCCGUCCUUUCUCAUUCCAGACGACCAUGGCGACAACAAUGGUGGCUCACACGUCAUUGCCAUCAAAUGCGGCUGCCUCAAGCCUCACAUCCGCGUCCAGACCCACAGUCCUUACCCGUUCCGCUCAGGUGAAAUUCGCAUCAUCAUGCGCGAACCCGGUGCGCCAGCUGCGGAUCCAUAUGCUAACCACAUCCGCGUUGACCCGGUCUGCACCAUGGCAGCACUGUAUACCCUCGGAACACACAUCGGGGUCAACGAAUCGAUGCUCUGUGCCGACGAGUCUUUUUCGCCGUUCUACCGGCCCAGCGCGGCCUGCGCGGAUGAGCUGGUUAAGGCAAACAUGGUCGGCACUGUACAAAGAAUAUUCAAGACCCUGAAACCGGACCUGCGGCCAAACCGUGAACAGAUCAUGAUUGAGCACCACCCUUACAUUGACAUUUUGCCUUUCCCAACACUGCGAAGAAAUCUACUGACCCAUCAGAUUGAGCUGGAUGAAGAUGAGUUCAUGGAUGAUGUAAUUUCCGGCCUGGUCUGCUGGGGAGGGGCUGGUAUGGGGAAACGGGACAGACAAGACUCGGUUGGACGUCAUCCAACAGGCACACCGUGGGAUGUCCGCAGUUGGGAGGCCAAAGUCUGGUUUUUGAAGAAGUAUUGGGCACUGCUGGGCGGCGAAGAUGGAGAACUUGUGCGGCAAAGUGAGUGGUGGCGAGGACUCAGGGGGGAGGACGAGGAGGUGUUUGAUCAGACUGAUCCGACGCCAGCAGACUCUCCGCUAUUCUACUCAACCCUAGGAAUCUGAUCAUAGAAUUUGGAAGGCAGCUUGGACUGAGGAAUAAACAUCGUGAGUUGACACUGUAAAGGGCCAACAGGGGACGAUAGCUUGAUAUCAUUUGGAUAUUGUUGCCUGUAGCGAACUCGUGCAACGUCGAAGUGAUCAUCCUCAGCUUGUGGGCACAAGCAUCAAAGAUCGCUUCCUUGAUAGGUUCGCGGUCAACUGUACUUUCUACCCGGUCGCGCAAGGUCAGAUUCGGAAACAACAAGAUAUACGGGAUCAGGGAUGCUUCUCAACUUAUAUAUGCUCCGAUGCGUCACCACUAUCCUGGCACUCCAUGAAGACGCUACACAGACCGAUGCAGAUUUGCGCCCGGGUACCUGCGGCUGCCCUGCC